AUGAAAUAUUUACUUUUAAUAUACAUUUGCAUUCUCUUAUUCUUUCUGCCUUCAGUUAAAUCUUUCACUGAAGAUGAUAGAAUAUAUUACAGAGAAAAAGUUAGAAAGAUGUUUUAUCAUGCUUAUAAUGGAUAUCUUGAAAAUAGUUUUCCGUUAGAUGAAUUAAAACCUAUCUCAUGUCAAGGAAUGGAUACAUGGGGUAGUUUUUCACUUACAUUAAUUGACUCUCUUGACACUUUACUUAUACUUGGAAAUUAUACAGAAUUUGAGAGAGUUGUUGAUUUAAUAUUGAAAACAGUUGAUCCUGAUAUAGAUAUUAAUGCAUCUGUCUUCGAAACAAAUAUUCGUGUUGUUGGUGGUUUGAUAUCAGCACAUGUACUACAUGGAAAAGUUCCAAAUGCUAAGUUACCUGAGGGAUGGCCAUGUAGUGGGCCUUUACUUGAUUUGGCUGUAAAAUUUGCUGAUAAAUUACUUCCUGCUUUUAACACAGAUACCGGAAUGCCUUAUGGAACUGUUAAUUUAAAGUAUGGUGUUAAUAAAGAUGAAACACCAAUUACAUGUACAGCAGGAGUUGGUACAUUUAUCAUUGAAUUUGGAUCUUUAUCAAAAUUAACUGGUAAUGAUAUUUAUGAAAAGGUUGCUAUGAAUGCAUUAAAUUCAUUAUGGGAAUCAAGAUCAAAAAUUGGUCUUGUUGGUAAUCAUAUUGAUGUUAUGACUGGUAAAUGGACAGCAACAGAUGCAGCCAAAGGAGCAUUACUUUUUCAAAAACCUGCCUUAAUGAAACAAUUUAGGGAAAGUGUAGAUGCUAUAAAUAAAUAUAUUAGAAAUGAAGAUUGGUUUUUAUGGGUUUCUAUGACACAGGGAACAACAACAUUUCCUUUUUUCCAAUCACUUGAAGCAUUUUAUCCAGGUUUAUUGGCAUUAGUUGGUGAUAUAGAGGACGCAAAAAGUAUAAUAUUAAAUUAUAAUCAUAUCCUUAGACAAUACGGAGUUCCACCUGAAUUUUAUAAUCUUAAUAAAUUUGAAGCUCACUCUGGUAGAGAAGGUUAUCCUUUACGCCCAGAAAUAGUUGAAUCUUUAAUGUAUAUAUAUAAAGCAACAAAAGAUCCUACAUAUCUUGAAAUGGGUGCAGGUAUGGUUGAUGCAAUAGAAAUUUUAGCUAAAACUAAAUGUGGAUAUGCAACUAUUAAAGAUGUUCGUGAUGGUACUAUUGAAGAUAGGAUGGAAUCUUUCUUUUUAGCUGAAACAAUAAAAUAUUUUUACCUUCUUUUUGAUAAUGAUAAUUUUAUUCAUAAUGAUGGUACUUCUUCAAAAAUAAUUUCUACAGAUAGAGGACAAUGUGCUAUACAAGCUGGAGGGUAUAUCUUUAAUACAGAAGCUCAUCCAAUUGAUCCAGGUGUAUUAUAUUGUUGUAGUAAACAAAAAUUAGAAGAUAUGAAAAUAUUAAAUAAUUUUGCUAGAAAUAUUAGUUUUUUAAAGUUAAUGAAUAUUGAUAAUUUUAAUGAUUGGAAUGAUGAAGAAGAAGUAGAAAUAGAUCAAAGAAAUAUUUUGUCUCAAGAAUUAUCUGAAUUAGAAUUUUUAAGGAAAAAAAGUGAUAUAUAUGCUAAAAGAAAAAAUAAUGCAAAUGAAGUUGAAUAUGAAAUUGAUGGUGAAAGAAAAUCAAUUGAUGAAAAUAUUAGUGAUGAAGAGUCAGAAGAACCUGAUAAUGAAGAUGGUUUUGGAAUUUCUGCUGAAAAGCCUGAUCCAAUAAAAGUUGAUCCUAAUAAUAUUAAUAAGGAUGAAAAUAACUUAGUUGAAGAGGUAAAUUUAGAGGUUAGGGAAAUACUAGUUAAUUACAAGAAAUAUAAAAGUACUUCUUCUGAGAAAGUAACUGAUCUUUUAGAAAAGUUAAGAACAUUGAAAAAAUCUUAUGCACAGAUAAUUAAUGACUCAUCAAAUUUAUAUGUCAAUAAUCUUCAAAAAACAAUUGAAAAAAAGAAGAAAAGAAGAGAAGUUUCUGAGAUGCCACAAUCUCAAUACUUAUGUUUUAAUUGUUGUUGGAUUUUAGAUGAACCAUUAGAUUCAUUUAACUAUAAAGCUUUUUUAAAUGAAAUAUACACAAAACAUCUAUUACCAUCAGGAUCAUUCUUACCAGGUCCAAUUUGUCUUCCAAAUGAUUUACCAUACCCUUCAGACAAGUAUUUUAAUGAUAUUACAGAACUCUAUGAUAUUCCAUCUUUUGAUCAAAUAACAAAUGCUGUUGAUGGCAUUGAUUUUACAAAAUUUAAAUAUAGAUCUUUAUUAGAAGAAAAUUAUGACUUACUUUCCUCUCCGCCACGUUCCUUCAUUUCUUUACUAACGGGUUUCGGACAGGUAACCAAACGAAAUGGCUGA